AUGACAUCCCACCAAGAUCCAGAUAUCCCUAUGGCCAAUGCCCCAGAUGAGAUUAGGGAGUUCGUUAGACAACGAGAGUCUGAAAUGGGGCAGUUGUCCAUUCCCUCUAAGCCAAGGGUUGGAUUGCUUUCACAUACGGUAGUGCCUAGUCCAACCAUUCAAUGGAUCCUACCUGCACACCUGCGGAGUCAGCGACACAACGAUGUGGUCUUCGUCGGUGAUCGUCACAUACAGAUUCGAGAGGCCGUAUCAGGUAUCCAUUUGGAGGAUGUCACCUCGAAAUCUGACUUUGAUGCCCAAAUCAUGGCCGCGAAGGUGAUUAACGUGGGCACGGAACUGCCAUGGGAAACUCAGAUGAAACAGGGUGCUGGUCAUUUAGCCACGAACAAGCCUCAGGAUGAUUUGCCUCCCCAGGUUUUGGUCCUGAGCCUUGCCUCGAGAGAGCUUGUUUUUCUUUAUUAUUCGAUGGCUGGCGAGGGCCAAUUUGUCUGUUAUCGACGGCCUCUGCCCAACGAUGUCAACUUGUUCGAGCAGUUUGGGCGGAAUGUCGCCGUGGAGCCAAGGUCUCGUGCAAUAGCAGUCAGUGCCUCGUGCGAUUACUUCGGGAUCUUCAUGCUCAAAGAACCACCAGUUCUCCAGUCCCAGAUGACCAACAAUCAAUUGGAUCCAAUACUAGAGGAGCGGUUCUUCCAUGUCGACGGCGACAUACUAUUUAUGGAAUUCUUAUAUCCCAAAUCGGAAGGAGAGAACAAGAUCAUUCUGCUGCUCUUAAUUGCCCAAAAUCAAAUUACCCAUGCCAUCUGCUACGAGUGGGAUGCGAAUAUCUCUCUACGAAAUGCUUCACCACGGCUUACCCGGAGACUAUUACCGUUCGAGGACAGGCUUCCUACCAUGGUUAUCCCAUUGACCAAAACUUCGUCAUUUAUGCUCGUAACCCCUAGCUCGAUGGCGGUCUACAAGAACAGGCUGGAUCCUCGCAGGCAACCUAGCCGGUACCCUUUGCCUUUCUGUGAUAAGCAAGCCCAACGGUCACCUCUCUGGACUCGAUGGGCGAGACCUUUACGCAACUGGAUUUACAAUCAAAAACAUGACGAUAUUUACCUGUGCCGUGAGGAUGGAAGGAUCUUUUACCUUGAAAUUGGAAACGAGGGUGAGAUCGAGAACCAAACCUUCCUCGGAUUGCUUCACUGCGACGUGGAUGCGGCUUUUGAUACACUUGAUAUUGGGCAUGAGGGUGGUGAUCUUCUGCUAGCUGCAGGGAAUAUGGGCGAUGGUGGAUUAUUCGUGCAAAAAGCGCGGGACCACCCGCGAUGUGUCCAAAAGUUCAUGAAUUGGACCCCGGUGACAGAUUCUGUGGUCGUCAAGUCCACAGCUCAUUAUUCCUUGGCGACAGACGUUGCUAGCGACCGAUUAUUUGUAUGCUCUGCAUCCACAUUUGGGAAAGGUGCGGUCUCUGAGAUUCGAUAUGGAAUAGAGGCGCAAAUUGGCCUGGCAGUGGCGCUGGAGGGGCUGUCCAGCACAAGGGACAUAUGGACUAUGGCAGAUGAUGUAAACGGGGGCGUUUGUAUUCUGACCACUGAUCCAGUUUCAUCACUUCUGAUCUAUAUGCCCGCUGAUUUCGGUGAGGAGAUUUGCGCCGUCGACGAGGAAGAAUCGGGCUUGGACUUUUCCUGCCAAACUUUGGCGGCAGGCUGCACACAGUCUGGCGCCAUUGUUCAAGUAACUGAAAGAGCAGUGCGUCUUGGAACUGUUGCUGGAUUUCCGGGUGUCCGCCAUGAUUAUGGCCAGUCUGAGAGUGUUGCAGCUGCAGCUAUCAAUGAGUCGGCCGGGUUGGUUGCGACUGUUAUUCGCUCACAUAAGGGGUCACAACUUCACCUCAUUCGGAUAAACUCGGCGGAUAGCCAACAUCAGCUGUCUGGCACUGGUACACAGAUCGAUAUCAACCAUGAGCCGGUUUCUAUGUCCAUUGAGCGCCUUGGAUUUUCUUGCUUCGUUUUCAUAGGGACGGGUAGUGGAAAGUUGUUGAUCUACCGCGUUAUAGAGGACACGAUUACUCUCGUGACUGGUAUAGAUAUCAAUGUGGAAGAGAGUGUCGACAUUUCCAAGGCUAUUGAGAGCCUUGCGAUCAUAAGCAUUGCCACAGAUGACUCGUUAGAAAGGGUUAUUCUAUUCUGCGGUCUACGAAGUGGAAUCCUGGUUUCUUUCGGGGUAACUGUCGAUAACGACAACUUUAACUCGCCCAUCAGUGAGCCCUGCAUGAAGCAAGGAACCCCACAACGACUUGGGCACACCUCCGUCAAAGUGCAGAGCAAGGGAAAUGCUGCAUUACUGACAUGUGGAGAGGGCUUCUGGCAGGUCUCAUGUGUCGAAGAUGGAGAGCUACUUGAGUACACUCUUCAACGGGUUUGGAUCACUGACCAAAACAACCCUGCCUACUACCCAAAGACUAUCUACGGAUUUACGACUAGCAAUAUUGUCAAUCCGAAUAUGGAUGACGCUUUCAAUUCGCUGUUCUGCGUUGCAGAUGAACAAUUGUUUAUCUGUACACUGGACCGCGAGUCGAAGACAAUUCCGCGACGAAUCAAUCUUCCAGGAAGUGCCAACAGGCUGGCUUAUUCAAAACAUUUGAAGAGUCUGAUUGUGUCCUAUACCAAGACUGAACUUGAUACAAGCCUGGAUCCUGUCAAACGUUUCACGCGUCCGAUGGUUGAUUUUAUUGAUCCAGACUUCCAAGACUCAGCAAUCAGCUUGCCUAGCACGGAAGAAGUAUCCCAAACUUGGAGACCACAAGGAGCAGCUGGCGAGAAGAUCACUUGCAUUCUUGAAUGGACGCCUCGAAAGGGAGAUGAAGAAUACCAUCUUAUCGUUAUCGGGACGGCCCGCAAGAAUCAGCAGGAACGAGGCCGGGUCAUAUUUCUGCAGACGUCCCGGGAUACAUCUAAUCCGUCCCAAAUCGAAUGCUCUGUCAAAUAUGUGCACAAGUUCGAGGGGCCAGUAUAUGCCAUUACACCAUAUGGCCCAUUUACGUUGAUGGUCUCAUCUGGCCACGAGAUUAUCCCAUUGGAGCCCAAGUUCUCCCGGACACGAUGGGGUCGGGCUGCAAGGUACUCAACAGUAUCGCCUGCGAUCUCUAUAUCAGCACACGAGCCGUAUGUGUACCUAUCGACUGCAAGAGAGUCGCUUAUGGUGCUCAAGGCUUCUGAUGACAAAUUGAAUAUGUAUGCGUACGAUCGUCACCGGCAUGAUGGGCUAUCUCACGUCCACAUUGGCGGGCCACUGAACCUCACCGUUGCCAGUAGCAGAGGCGGCACUGUCAGCGUGUUAACAGAGAACGGAGUCACAGAAACAGACAAGAUGAUGCCACAUUCUCUAUGUGAGGCCCACCUUCCACUGUCUGUGAUGAAACUGAGUCUUGGUUCCAAGCUGUCUCCUCUGAACUCUUCUUCGCGAGUGCUCUACGGAAGCACAAUCAACGGCACCACAUACCGAUUCUUGACUCUGGGGGAGAAGGACUGGCGACUACUUCGUCUCCUGCAGAAUAUGUGCGAGAAGGACCCCCGUAUCUGCCCAUUUACGCCAAAACGCAAGCGUCUGCGCAACCCCGUGGAAAGCGAGUCUGUUGAGUCAUCUCCCUCCCGGAUGCAUGUUGACGGUGACAUUUUGAGUCGUUUGGUGGCCCGAGGUGCGAGAUAUCUGCACAGGAUGUUGGUCUCAAGGGAUCUGUACGACCCUUCUUCGCUUGAUACCGGUACUGCACAGGCUACCAUGGAACGAUUUUCUGUGUUGGCGGAGGAUGUUUUGGGGAGGUCAACGAACCAGGUCGAGGCGGUUAUGAAGUGGUUGAGGAACAUACUUCAUAUGCAAUUCUAG